GAAGCUCAAUCGAUAGCCGGUUUGUCGAUCAUGAAAAUAAAGUUUGGACGGACUCACUUACCAACAGUACCAAUGUAAGUCUGCUGUAAACAUUCACACAUAUUACGGAAAGUUGUCAUCUUUACGUACCGCAGUGGUUAGUAUCUGGAAAACUAUUAUCAGUUUCGGCGACGUUGAAGUUUCGUUGUGCUUUUUAAACAAGAACAUCGAUAUUCACUGAACUUUUACCCCACAUAAGCGGUGAUUGUUGCUCUCUAGCUCGGUUUAGCUCACUAAUAUGAAGCUACAUCAACUAUUUUGAGGUCUAAAAGCCGAGCUUUUGUUUUUACAUGUAUCUGUUUGUGAUGAAAUCGCUUGUUUCUUUGGUCGAUGGUCGACUGUCCGUGUCCGGAUAACCUCUCCCUGUUAGAAGUAUUUCUGGUGUGUUUUUCCCAUGAUGAGGAUUAGAAAUAAAUCCUGAAUUAGAUAAAACUGUUCGUGUUGUUUGUGUGUCGUGAAGGUAAAGGCACAGUGAGCAGGAUGGAGAUCAAUGUGGGGGAUAUUCUUCACUGUGAGGAGCAGCUGAAGACCACCCUGCACUGUGACGACAAGGAAAAGGUGAGGUACACCUGUCUGUGCUCUUAACCUUUUUAUAAAUGCCAUAAUAAAGCUUUUAUUUACUCUUUACCUUUUUAUAAAUGUCAUAUUAAAGCUUUUAUUUCCUGUUUCUGACUCACUCUCACUCACAGCUACGUAUGAAGUUGGCACUGUUACAGAGGGAAUACCUGAAAACAGCACAGAAGCUACAGGUAAAUGUAAAUGUUCUUUAUUUAUACAGCCCUUUACAACAACCCAAAGUGCUUUACAAUAGAAAAUAAAAAUGAUUAAAUGAAAAAAACAAUAAAAAGCAAUAAAAACAAUAUGCAAUAACAUAAAGUGACACCAUGCUACUGGGUAUUAAAAGCCAGCAGAAAUAAGUACAUUUUCAAUCGAGAUUUAAAAAGGCUCCGGUCAGAAAUAAGUCUUAUUUCGGUGGGGAGUUUAUUCCAGAUCCUGGGAGCAGCGACUGAAAAGACUUGGUCACCCCAGUGUUUGUGUUUUGACCUGGACACCUCCAGCAGAAGUUGAUUUGACGACCUCAGAGCUCCACCCAGCUCCCGAACAGCUAAAAGCUCAGUUAAAUAGAUGGGAGCGAGGUCAUUAAGAGCUUUAAAAACAAACAUUAAAAGUUUAAAAUCAAUCCUAAUAGAGACGGGAAGGAUAGGAGUGAUAUGCUCACGUCUGUAAGUGUUGGUUAGAAGACAGGCAGCGGCAUUUUGGAGAAGUUGAAAGCGACUAAGAGAUGAUCUGGAGAUGCCGACAUAAAGUGCAUUACAAUAGUCUAAUCUUGAACUGACGAGAGCGUGGAUGGCUAUCUCAAGGUCGUGACGGCUUAAAAACAUUGACCUUGGCCAGGAGAUGUAGUUGGAAGAAACUAGUCCUGAUAAGAAAGAGUAACUCCUCACUUUGACAGUUGUGUCAGGAGUCUUUAUUUGAUUUGUCCACAGCGUGCCGAGCGUUCAGAGGCAGUUCGGAGGCAUGUGAGGAGCAGGAUCGAACAGUGGAACAGCCAGGAGCAGAGAGACCCUGAGGUGACAUCUAACCCUGAACUCAACACGACAACCAACGGGACAGCGUCAGGUAUGAGUCCUAGUGUGUCAAACAUGGACGUCGAUGUUAAUCUGCCCGAUUUAUCAGAACACAGAAAGCAAAGCAGGUUAAACGCUUACACAAACGGGAACGAGCCCAGAUGUGUUUCCUGGUGUUGACAACAUGUCGUAAAUGCCGACAUUCUGGUUAGAGGAGCACGUGAACAACAAAGUAGAAUAUCAGGCUUUGUCGAGAUGGUCUGCUCUUGAUUUUACUACUAAUGUCACGUUUAGUUUCCCCAGAUUCUCGCUGUUACCUGUUAUGACAGUAAUCAAAUCUUCUACCAGGUCAAGAAGAUCAUGACUCGUCCAAAAAGAGCCAGUCGAUCAGGUUCCUGCUCCCUCCUGAUGCCGCCUGCCCACAAACACCAGACGUACACCACGAUACAGCAGGAGGCCACAGACCCAGUCCCGCCUUGCGCCUCAGGUCUCGACGUAGCCGCCUCCGCUGGGAGAGGAAGAGCGCCGAGGCCAGGAGGAGCGUGGAUAACGGCGAGGACAGACUGGAUCAGAGUGAGGCGAGUGGGAUUUGUGAAAGUGAAGUAAGAGCCAAAUCAGAGGUAGAGGGAGAGGUUUUGGGUGGGAGUGAAGAGCUGUUCUCUGGAGCCGAGUCGGAGUCUCCAUGUUUGCUGCUUACACACUGGAACUCAAGUGGACAAACGGAGGCGGGAAAAAAUGAGGAAAAGGAAACAGGAAGAGGAAAAGAGAGCGAAGGGGGAAAGGAAUCAUCCUCUAUGCUGCUCGACAGUGAGAGCCCUGUUUUACGUCGGGACAAAAGGGGAAAAGAGGGAUCACAAAACAGAAAAAAGAGGGCGAUAGAGCCAGAGGAAAGAAGGGAGAAUAGUGGAAAGAAGACGGAUGGACGGCUGUGUGAAGAAAACAGUGAUAAAGAAACCAAACGACAUGAAGCAGCGAAAACAGAUGAAGAAAGUAAACUUCAGAAAACUCCGGAAAUAAAAGAAGAAAAAAGUGAGCUGGCUGUGAAGGGUUCUGGUCUCCUGGACUCUUGCACUCUAGUGGAGGGUCUUCUUUUCCCUGCUGAGUACUACGUCAGAACGACAAGGCGUAUGUCAUCCUCUCAGAGCCAGCCCAACAUGGAGGCCGUCAUAAACACGCAGCUGAACAUGGGACGACCUCGCAGGAGCCGGGGCCGCGGCCGUAGCAGAGGAUCUCUUCAGCGCACGCUCAGUCUGGAAGAGUCCGAUAAAAACUCUGCGACAGAUUUCUCUUCUUCCUCAUCUGUGGGUCCUUGUGUGGAAUCUCCUGCUGCUGGGACACCUGCUGAGCUGAAGAGUCUGAGCUCCUGUGGGAGUUCAGGUCAGGCGGUCCCAGCAGAGGCUCCGACCAGGAGAGGGAGAAGGAGAGGAAGAGGGAGACCGCAGAAACCAAGAUGUUCUCUCAGUUCAGAAAAGAAAGAAGUAGAUCAACAAACUCCAGAUGAUCCUCAGCUCACAAGUUCCCCGGCUCUUCACGAAGUUAAAGGACCAAAGCCAGGGGAGGCUGAUCCAGAACCGGACCUCCCUGAGCCCGCAGCCAUCCCCAGCACAACUACACAACCGCCCAGCUCUGGAGGAAAUGGAGCUCAGUCUAGAUCUGCUGAAGAACAUCCUGAGAAGGUCUACUCAGUGUUUUUAAAGAGCAGCAGCAGCAGGACAGACGAACCCCCGCAGACGAGCAGAGGUAAGAGUUUUGAGUCGGGGACGAGGGUGGGAGGAAAACUCGAAACAGCAUCGUAUCGUGAUUACCAAGUAUCGAUUCUCCAAAUGAAUUUCUCUGAUAAUGGAAAAAUAAAUAAUCAGGUCGGCAGAGGUGACAUGAUAGAGCAGGAGAAAGUUAGUUAACAAAUAUAUAUAUAUGUGUAUAAAGGUCCUUACACACCAGAGAAUUUGCGGAGCGAAGCAAAAAAGCGAGACGAAAAUGUGAAAAUAUUCGGUGGUCCGAAAAAUCGUUUUCGCUUAUACACACCGGGCGACCGCUCUGUGGUACACACUCUGGGGCAUGGGUCUGUAAUGUCAUCAACAACAUGACUUUUGAUUGGCCAGAGGUCUAGCAGGUCCAGAUAUUCGCCUGCGAAUCUCCGAAAAAUUCGACACAAGAGCGAAAAAAUAAAAGACGCUUUUCGCCCCGCGGAAAAAUCGCAGCCGGUGUGGAAGCUCGCAUUGACUUUAUGAUGUUUUAAAAAAAGGCGAAUAAUUCACCUGGCGAAUUCACGCCUGGUGUGUAAGGACCUUAAAGCCUCGUGAAAAUAAAGUACAGCGUAAAUAAGACAAACAUAAAGGAAGGACAAAAGCCAAAUCAGCUAAAUACUUGAAAAAAAUUGUAUUGCAAAUGUCAAAAAUUGCAAUUAUAUCGUAUCGUGGGGCACCGAGUGAUUCCCACCCUAUCAGGGACAGAAACAGCUCAUGAUUGUAGCUGCGAGUUUCAGGAAAAAAUCACUUCAAGUUUUUUAAUUGUUUGCUAAUUUUUGUUGAUAUGAUGGACAGAAAAAGAAUCACUUUGAGUUUAAAUCCUUUUGUUUAAAUAUUUAAAAAUAGGACUAAAAAGUUAAGAAACUGUUUCCUCUCAUUGAAUCCUCUCUGAUUCUGUUUUCUGCAGGAGCGUCAAACCUCCAGUCUCUCUCCCUGCCCUCCUCCUCACCUGCCCAGACACCUCUGCUCCCUCCCCCCUCCCUCUUACCUGGUCCGCUGGUAAACCACCUGUUCAACGCCGAUUUCCCUCAAGAUUUCCACCUCCCCGACGAUCAGUUCGCCUCCCUGAAGUUACACAAACUCUGCCGAGUCUCUGCAGGAUCAGGAGUUGAAGACUUGACUCCAGCCCCCCACAGCCCGGUGAAACCUCUUCCUGUGCAGCUCAGCCUCACGCCUGUCAUCACGGAGUCACCGCAUCCAGCUGCUGCACAAAACAAAGACCCUGAAAACUUGUCGACAGAGCGGCCGUCUGUCCAAGAAGACUCCAGAGAGAAGGAAGUCCUCCAACCAGACUGUGAGACUCACACCAGCUUAGCAGAGUCUGCAUCAGAGGACCAGGUGGACAACCAGACACACAAACCUCCAAAACCACUGCCUGGUUCUAACUCAGAAGUGGACCAUCAUGUUCCAUCAGAGAAACUUGAAAUAAAGGAGUCCUCAAUCAUCUCACCAGAAGACCCGACAGGUGGUCCUGGUGGAUCUGAUCCUUCAGAGGAUCAGAGGAGAAGAACAGACACAGACGAAGACGUUGUCAAGAGUCUUUCCUUUGAUUCUCCACAGAGGAAAACCUGCGAGGAUCCUUCGAGAUCUGGACCUCAUCAGUCUCCUGUUCCAGAUCUGAAGGUCAAAGCUGCCGUCAGUCCUCGGGGGUCUUCUGGACACACCACCAGUCCUCCCAGAGACCCCAGAGCCGACACCCAGCUCCUGUUGAGUCCUCUUCUUGCAUCGGCACCAGGCCGCUUUACCGCCCCUCACCUGCGCCCGUCCUUCGUGGACUCGAGCCCCCCGCUCCCUUCCUUAGGUCCCACCCCACACCCCGUUUUUUCUUCCUCCCCCUCCGCCCCAGCUCUCACCUUGCCUCCCCCUCACAGCCCAUCCACCCAGAAUCUCCCCCCUCCAGCUCUCUCCCCCUGUAUGUCUCCCACUUUACUCCCUCCCUCACCUGCAGCUCUGAUCCAGGUUUCAUCUGGACCUGCUCCCUGCGUUCAGGAUCAGGUUGGGGUGAGGAUAGAGGAGACAGCGGGGGAGCAAACCUUCAGACGCACACACACUCUGAAGGUGACGCAGGAUUUGUUUUUGUUUGAGAAGAACCACAAACUUCUGUCGGUGACCCUGAGUGGAUUCACAGACGUUCGUUUGUUUGUUUGUUUCAGGCUCCAGCUGGAGGCUCUCUGGUGGACGCCUGCGUUCUGACCCGACCCUCAGGGGGUCUGUGUGUCGCAGCAGCAGGAGAGUGGGCCGUUUGUCUCUGGAGUCUGACUGCAGCUCGUGAUUGGACCCUGACACACACCUGGGCCUUCAAUGAGGUGAGUGUGGGGCGCUGAAGGUCAGUCCUGUUAAAGCGCGGCGGUAGCUCAGGAGGUAGAGCGGUCGUCCGAUAACCGGAAGGAUAUCCUGAGUGUCCUUGGGCAAGACACUUAACCCGCCUCACUCCCAGUGUGUGUCCUCCACUGGUGUGUGAUUGUGAGUGUUGUGUGGUGGUGGUCGGAAAGGCCGUAGGCGCAAACUGUCAGCUGUGACGACUAAGAUAGUUUUGAGGGUCUCUGAUAAAGAGCUCUAUGAAAUCUGAUGCAUUAUCAUUAAAGCUCCAGUGGGGAGUUUUUUGACGCUCGUGAAUCUGAUACAAAGACCAUCGUGUUUUCUGUGUCCCUGUUCUGGUUUAUUUCUGUGUUCGUCUUCAGCCUGUGAUCAACGUGUUUGCGGUCCCGGGUGCCGCUGACCUCCUGUGUGUGACUCUGGGUCAGCUGGAAAUAAGAGAAGUGAGGUGAGUACAGAAAACGCCACGAGUCCAAACAUGACGAGUGAAAGCGGCGCUAAAUUAACCCUUUGGUUCCUGUUGAUUUGAAGCUCCAUCCAGUCGACUUUGUCUCCAAAACAGACGUGCAGAUAAAUGUUCAUAAAAGAAUCAUUUUUAAACUUUAAAAAAAAAAAGAGAUGAGAAAAAUGACGAAUGUCCUCAAAACAGACGUAGAGGAACCCGAGGGUUAAGAAGUUUGACCUCGUGUUGUUUCUCAGGAUGCUGUCGUGCUCCAGCCUCGCUCAGGUCUUGCUCUGCGAGGGGCUGGUCUUGGCCGUUGUAGCUGUACCCAGGUCCAGAGUGGUCACCUCCUCUCAUUCGUACGUCUCCACCCUGCAGGUGUUCACGCUCUCAGACUGCGGCAGGUAAAUCAGAGUCUUGUGAACUCUCUGUCAGCUGUUGUCACGUCACACAGAGACCUCAGUGUCCCCUCUUUCUCUCAGCACCCCCUCUUCUCAGCCUCUGGCGUCUCCUGGUGUUUGUGUCGGGGCUCUCGCUCCCGUGGAUGGACUCUUGGACGCUCUGAUCGGCACGGAUGAGAGCGGGCGUCUUUUUGUUUGGUAAGUCAUGUGAGCUACACAACAUGUUCUUAGUUUUAAUCCAAAUGAACUUUUAACGAUGAUUGAAGAAAACAGAGGAGACGUUUUACUCGCACUGCUACAGUUUCUGUUUUUGUUUCUGUGUCUCAGGAAUCUAAAGACAGGACAGCUGCUGAGGACUCUCACCCUCACAGAUGGUUUAUCACACACUGCUGUUCUCAGAGGAUACUCCUACUCGGUAAAAAACUCAUGAGAUUAACCUGCAGAAGAAGCUUCUUCACUCAUCAAAGUCCAAAAGUGGAAAAAGUCGACCGUCUUUUUUUUUUCGGAGUUUUUUUUUUCUUUGCUGUUUUUGAGACUCAUUUUUUUCUUGAUUUUUUUGUACUAAUAUAUUUUUUCUUCUUUCUGUUGUUCUGAGAAUUUUUUAUUCUGUUUUUCUUAUUUCUGUUUUUCAUACUAUUGUUUUGUAUUCUUUUUGGUACUAUUUUUGUUUUUUUUGUCCUCCUGUUUUUUUUAUUUUUUUCUGUUUUUAGUACCUUUUUUCUUCUUUCAGUUUAUUUUUUUUAUCUUUAUCUUUUUUCUGUUUUUUUCGUCUAUCUAUCUAAAUUAGUCUAAAAAAUAUUCAGAAAAACAGAUGAGAAAAAAAAAUUCAAAAAACAGAAAAAAAAAUCCAGAAAAACAGAAAAGAAAAAAAAUUAAGAAAACAGAAAAAAAAUAUUCAGAAAAACAAAAAAGAAAAAAAAAAUGUCUGAAAAACAAAAAGGAAAAAAAAUAUCCAAAAAAUGGGAAAAAAAAUACUGUGAAAAACAGAGCUUUUUUGGUGAAUGCAAUAUACUUCCGUAGAAAUUAAACUAUUUAAAAAAAAAAUAGAAAAAAAAUAUUUAGAAAACCAUUAAAGAAAAAAAAAAUGUCUGAGAAACAAAAAGGAAAAAAAAAAUAUCCAAAAAACAGAAAAAUAGAAUACUCUGAAAAAGUUUUUUUUCUGAAUGCAAUUCAUUUCUGUAUAAAUGAAACUAAUUUGCGAUAAUUAAGAUCUGAUUUAAGACUAGUGUUGUAAAAUUCAGCUCCCUGAAGAAGUGACGCACUUUCUCAGACCUCCCCGCUGUGUGGACAGAAAUAUCUUUAGGAGACUUGGACAUAAGACUUAGUGAAAGACAUGAAAGAGCGAGAGCUAUGACUAUAUAGAUAAGAUUAAAGCUGAAUCUAUGUUAUACAUCUACAGAUGAUCUAACCUCAGUGUGUUUGUGUGUCUGUGCAUAGGGAGUGUUAUUUGUGCUGCUGCAGCAUCACUUACUCAGCUCCCUGGAAGAGGAGGAAAGAAAAGCCAAAGAAAAAGACUUGAUGUCUCCAGAGGAUGAAGAGGAGAGGAAGGAGAGCGCUCUGUUCUCUUUGGUCGCAGUUAACCCUCUGAGCGGGAAAUCCGUCUUGGUGACUCAGCUGCACCCGCCCAAGUCCUGGUCCGGCAGGUGAGUGGAGGACGAGGUGUGUAUUUGUUUCCCUCUGUAUUAAACUCACCUCCUUGUCUCCCUCUUCGCUCUGCAGACUGUGUGAAGCAGACGUCAGCGGCUCCAGCGUGGUGGGCCUGAGUCAGAGCGGCUGUGUGUGUCUGUGGGAGCUCCAGUGCCGCGGGGCCUCGAAGAUGCUGUGGGCUCCUGAGGGUGAGGGCUGGACGCUGGUUCGAUGGGGAGGGAGAGACUCACUGAUAACUGGACAUCUUAACGGAGAUGUCGGCUUACACUGCUACAGAACUAGUUCAUCUACACUCCCUAACUAGCUGUGAAGUCUCCGGUACAACAAAACAAAUCAACGUUUACAUGAAGGUUUUAAUAAAGACGCCUUUUUAAGUAUUUCCUCACACUUUCUGUAACCUCAGAGACGUUUACACCCCGUUAACAUUUCAUUAACAGCGCUUGUUUCAUCUCUUCUGUUGUUAGAGCACAACUCAUUUUGGAGAAUAUGUUCACCUGAUUAAUUUUCUCUUUUUAAACUACUGAGAUUCCAAUCUUCAAACCACUGUUGUAUGUUUUUUUACCACUGCUGUUUGAAAAUACGAGUGUUGUUAAUUUCAGAUAUUUAUUUUAAAAAAGAAGUGUUGCUAAAGUUUGUUUUUAUGAUGAACAUUAAAAGUUUGUGAAUCCUGUCGAUUAUUUCUCAAACUUUUGUGUAUUCAUGGUUCACCCGAACAGUCUCACAUUUAUUUCAGUUAUAUAUUUAUAUAAAAGGAAGAGGGGAGUCCAAAUGAGAGCAAACUCAUAGAUACUUCAUAGAUACCAUUAUCAAUGUUGUCUUUGGAUAGAGGAAAUGGAGUUAAAUGAGGUUUCUGCAGGUUUCAAAGAGUCAAAUUUACAACUUUUUUAAGACCAUAAUAAAAUUUAAGUUUUAUUUUACAUCCAUACUUGCAAGAAAAUACGAACGACACAAAGGGAAAACUACCGCGUCUGCAGUGAAAAUGAUUAUUAUGGUGAUUAUUAAUUCAAGGAAAUGAUAAAGAAAUGAUCAUAAAUGUUCUUCCUUGAGCUGCGGCACCCCGCUGUAAUCUGUGAUGGACUGGCCUGAGAUCUCACUACAAACAAGCGGCUGCUGGAAGAGAGUAGGUGAGUUGUGUUUAGUCUACACAGUGGUCUGAGGAGCCAUAAACAAACAUCUGCAGUCAGUUUCAAACUGAGUGUUAUAGCUCCAUUUGUCCACCAGGGGACAAUAGCUUGUGAUUCUUGAACCUUAGAGCUCUUUGUCACCUGCAGCAACAUCAUUUUAAAUAAUCUUUAAGAAUUUUUCAGUCAGUCAUGAAACUCUUGGAGGUUACGGCACAUGUUAAAGUUAACUUUAGAGAAUCUUUAUUCAAACUUGGGUAAAAUUUCACCAUCUUUACAACAUGAAUGCAUAUGCAGCAGUAUGUACAGGUCUGUACAUGUUGUUGAAAAGACAUCUAAAAUAGACUUAAAACACGUAAAAAAGAAGAAGCAGCUACAGGAAGGAGAAGUCAAAUAUACAUAAUGAAGACAUAUGAACAUGGUCUGUUUCUCGACUUUAACAUCAACACGGAUAGAAAAGACAAACUGGAGAAGUGACCAGAGGAACUGUUCUUAAUCCACACAGCUGAUCUGAGAUCUAAUGCCCGACACGUCCCCGUCCACUCUGAGUCAAAUGUCUUCAGGUAAAGGAACAACAGAUGAUUGAAAACAUUUAAAACUUUCCUUCUGGAGCGUUCAGACAUGCUGGGAGUCAGCUGUGGGAACAUGUCAGUCAAGUAAAAAGAUUUCAUUGACAGCAGGAGAACAUUAAAAUAUAAGAGGCAGAAAUUCAGCAUGUACAAAACAGAGAGGGUUGACUAUCAUGGUGCAUGUCACGGCUCUAUAAAAAUCAUCAUCACACCCCGACUCUUCAAUAAAAUACGACAAGUUCAGGUUCCUCUUUGUCUUUGGGAGCCCGGAGAAUAACAGUGGCCUUUGAAAAGAGCGAUUGAUUGAAGGCGUGGCCUAAUGUGCGGCUGUCGGGGAGGUUUUGCUGUCCAGCAGUUUCUCCACCAUGAGUUUGGCGUAGCGGAUGCGUCCGGCGAGCUCCUUGCUGCAGCCAAACUCCUCCAGCAGGGACAGCUUGUAAGUGCGGAAGUCUCUCUUCUCGUCG